CGCCGUGUUCUCAAGCGCGGCAGUUAACUUGAAAAUUAUUUUAAUUUUUUCUUUUUAAUAUUCACUUACACACAUAUAUACAAGAAAAAAAAACAUACACAUUUUUUAAAGUGUAUAUUUUUCAUGUCCACGUGACUUGUUUUAGUUAGCAAGUCUUCACACAAUUAUGGCACAAUUUAUUUACUAGUCAUAUUUUUAUCCCUGUUGCCUUUUUUUUAUUGCAUCAUUAUCAUCAAAUUUAACAUCAUGACAAAGGCAUCAAUUUUAAUGGGAUGGAUAUUUUUCCAAUUGAUGAUAUCAAGUGGUUGGACAUUUUUUUGCAACCACAUUCCUCCCCAUGGAUUUGAAACACCACGUACACAAUUGGAUGAUGAAUUUCAAAUUGUUAUGAGUAAUGUCAAUCGCACCGACUACUUUCAAAGUUACAUGCCACGCACCAAUUACAUGUUAACUAUUGAGAGCGGAGACAGUCAAGGUCCAGCUCACAAAUUUUCCAGUUUUUUUAUCAUAGUCGCAAAUGAAAAUGAAACACUCGACAGUGGAACAUUAAUAGUUAUUGAUGAGACUUUAUCAAAAUAUUCGGAAAAAUGUGAAAAUGCAAUUAUUGAAACAGCAAAAUUGCCAAAAGAAUCAGUUUCUAUAAUUUGGAGAAGUCCAGUUGAAGAUAGUGGUUGCGUCAGAAUCAGGGCGCUAGUGGUGGAGACGCCUGAAACAUGGUACAUGGAAGAAGACGAUGCAAAUGAAAAAUUAUCGAUACGCAUGUGUCCGAAUCCUAAAGCAGAAGAGGAUGAACAAGGUGAAAUUCUCGAUAAAUGUUGCGCCUGUGACGAAGCUAAAUAUGAAGUUGCUUUUGAAGGUCUUUGGUCACGGAAUACUCAUCCAAAAGAUUUUCCAAGCAAAGCCUGGCUCGCUCGAUUCUCGGACGUAAUUGGCGCAUCGCACACAGCAAAAUAUCGUUUUUGGUCCUAUAAUGGAAAUGCAAGCGAGGGAUUAAAACAAGUGGCUGAACAUGGUUCAACACGUGUCCUUGAAUCGGAAUUAAAAGACCAGAGUGAACAUAUAAGAACGAUUAUCAAAGCGAGAGGAAUCAGUUAUCCAAACGUGACUGGAAAGACUUUUGCUGUUUUUCGAGUGGAUAGGAAGCACCACUUAAUGUCGCUAGUCUCCAUGAUUGAUCCUUCGCCUGAUUGGUUCGUAGGAGUUUCAGGCCUGGAGCUUUGCUUGCCUAAUUGCACUUGGAUAGAGCAAAAGCAAUACAAUUUAUACCCGUACGAUGCGGGUACAGAUGAAGGAAUCACUUAUUUGGCCGACGAUGUGCCAACGAUUCCUCAACAAGUCAUACGUCGCAUCACUACAUCAUUUCCAAAUGACAGUGGAUCACCUUUUUUCGAUCCAUUUAACAGUGACAUGAAACCAAUGGCGAAACUUCAUAUAAGUCGUCAAAGAAUUUACGAAAAAGUUUGUGAAGGCAUGCCACAAAAACCAUCAAAUUCAGGUGGUCGACAUAAAAAAUCUAAAAAUAAAGCUUGCAGAAUGACAUCGUGGGGAGAAUGGGGCAAUUGUUCAGUUAAUUGUGGUCAAGGAACAAGCUUAAGACAAAGGCACUUUAUUGACAAUUAUGCAGCAACAAAAACAAAUUGUAAAGAAUCUCAAUCAGAUAGAAAAAUUUGUUAUGGUGGAGGAGGGCCAUGUGAACUGUCAGCAAAAGAUGCGGCAAUUCUCAAUAGUAAAGAAUGCGAAUUGGAACAAUGGACUUCGUGGAGUGAAUGUUCAUCAUCGUGUGCACCAUCGGUACAAUCACGAAAACGUAAUUUUAUCUAUAAAAAACAUCAGAAACAUUGUAGAAAUGUUUCAAAACCACCACGUUUAGAACAAACACGAAAUUGUAAUCUUCCACCAUGUCAACAAUGCGAGGAAGAACCUUGUGAGGAGGUAAGAACAUCUGUCGAAUCCAGUGACAUUGAAACUGUCACUGAAAUUACAACUGAAAAUUAUGACAAUCCUGAGGAUGAUAAUGGUGAAGAUGAUGAUUCGGAAGAGGAAGUGGAGAUAAUCGAGGAAUGGCGAGAGCUCUGUCCAAACUCACGAUUUUCCGAAUGGUCUCUUUGGUCUCCAUGCAGUUCAAGUUGUGGACCAGGUGUUACAAUGCGUUCUCGAAUAAUUGAAAAAAAUUUUAAUAAUGUGGGAGAAGAAGUACAGGACAGUGGAGAUGAAGAAGAUAAUCUUCAGGAAUGUACAGUCCAACAGUCUGCGUGUACUGCGAAAAUAAGCAGUUGUGAUUUCACUCCAGAAGAAGCUAAAGAAAUAUGUCUCGAGCCUAAGGAUGCUGGCACUUGUUCGGCGAAUAUUAUUCGUUUUUAUUACGAUAAAGACGCUGGUGUUUGUAAGCAUUUUAGUUAUUCUGGUUGCGAAGGAUCUAGAAAUAAUUUUCCAACGGAUAAAGAUUGUCGUGAAUUUUGCAAAGUAAUUCAAAAGGAUAUCAAAACGAAUCAUUCAAGUUCUACAAAACACUUUCAAGUUUCAAUCAGCAGUGUUCUUAGUUACCAUAUUCCAAUUCAAGAGCAACGCAGUGCAAAAUCAAAACGCGCCAAAACUGGUUCAGAAAUAUCUAAUGAAGAAUUUAAUGGAUUACAAACUGGAAGUCAAGUAAUUGAAGCCACUGAAGAAUAUGGAGGAAAAGUAGAUUGUGUUGUUAGCGAAUGGAGCAAAUGGUCUGAAUGCUCGGGUUGUAGUGAUGAUUCAUUCAGUUUUCGUGAAAAAAAGACGGAAGCACGAAAUGGCGGGAGAAAGUGUCCAAAAAAAUUAACAAAAAAGAAAAAAUGCAACAAAUCACCAGCCUGCUUGGCUGAAAAAAGUGUCAUGAAUAUAAGACGCCGAAGUAAAGACGAUGAUCCAAUGAUGGAAGAAUAUACUAAUGACGAAAUGUCUGUUGAUUGUCAAGUAAGUCAAUGGUCCAGAUGGUCAAAGUGCAGUGCCACAUGUGGAGAUUCUGUACAAUAUAAAACAAAAAAAAUUAAAGUUCAACCGAAAAAAAAUGGAAAAUUAUGUCCACCACUUGUCGAAUUUCGUGAUUGUUCGAAACCAGAAUGUCCUUAUAAUUUUUAACUGUCUAUAAUCAAAUUAUCUUUAAAAAAAAAAAAAAUGAAAACGAUUUCAUUCAAUUUUCAGAAUAAUUUUUCAAAAUAAAAUCGUAGAAUUUUUUUUUGAAAUGUUCUUUAAUAAAAAACAAAAUUUAUACUAUUCUAAUGAAUAUCAAUUAAAAAUGUUAAAUAUUUAUCUAAAAAACUGGUUAAUCUAAGAAAAAAAUUUUUAGGUUUCUUAAACUGGGGAAAAUUUACUAUUGAUAGAUGUAGACUAAAAUGAAAAUUCAUAAUAAGGGUACGGUCACAUUAUCUCAUGCAUGCACUAUGGAUGCAUGCAGAAACAUUUGUCCGGUCACAGUUCAACGAAAUCUAGUGAAUGUUUAGUAACUUUCUAGUUACAACCGAAAUUUUUGGAAAAUUACUAGAAAUAAGUUACUAAACAUUCACUAGAUUUCAUUGAAGUGUGACCGGCCAAAUGUUUCUGCAUGCAUGCAUGAGAUAGUGUGACCGUACCCUAAGUAGUAUCUUCGUAAAAAAUAAAAUGACCGCAAUUUUUGAAAUUGGAAAUAAUAUAUUUUAUACUGAUGCAAAACAUUAUUCACGACUAAAUAUGAUUGUAUUUUUUAUGUAAUUUCUUUGAUUAAUUACAAAAUCUGUUUUAUAUACCCUUUUAAAAAUACAACAAUUUUUUAAAAUCAUUUUUUAAUACAUUUUAAAUAUAAUUUGGAAAAAAUUUUUUUUUAAAAAUAUUUUAGAUUACAAUUUAGAGAGUGUAAUAAAGUAAAAUAAGUUUUAAGAAAAAUUAUUCAAUUAAAUGUACAACUAUUUAGAUGUUACUUAUGCUAACAAACACAAUAUAACUUUUAUGUAUGUGACACACUCUGAAGAAAGGGUCCUAAGAAGAAAACGGAAGGUUGCCAUUGUCUCAACUCGCCAUUUGACAUAAUUCUCGUCAACUACUGCACCCUGCUCUAGUAAAACUUCAGUGAUAUUAUUAUUAAAAUUAAAAUUUACUAGAAAGUUACUAAAUUUUCACUAGAGCAGGGUGCAGUAGUUGACGAGAAUUAUGACAAAAAUGGCGAUCUUCCAAACGAAUUAUAGGUUACGUUUAGAAUAAUUUUACCUUGAUUUGCAGUUCCUUUUUAUUUAUGUAAAAUCAAAAUCAGAUUUUAUUAAAAAUUAAUCCCCUUUGUGUAUUUUCACUUAAAAAUUUUAAAACAUAACCUACAAUUUUUUUGCAUCUUAGCCCCCUUUCUUCAGAGCGCGUCAUUUAUAUAUAUCGAUAUAUAAUAUAAACGAAAUACUCAAAUUCCAAAGAAUGUAAAAUUAAUUUUAGAAUAAGAUUUAUGUAAUUAUGUUAUACGAGAGAGAAAUUUCAAUUUUAGCGUGUAAAAAGAAUGGAGUUUAAAAAUGAUAAACAAAAUUUUAUUUUAUGUUAGAUUUCUUUCAAACUGUUUUUAUUAUAAUUUGUUAAUGAUGUUUAGAGGCCUUUUACAGUUAAGAUGUUUAUUUAUUGUUUGACAUAAAGUUGUUACAACAUGUUUCGGCUAUUUAGCCCUCAUCAGGUAAGUCAAUGCACUUUUUUUCUUUUUAAAUAAUUAUAAGUAUAACAAACAAACAUAAGACAAAUACGUAAGUAAAACAAAAUCUGUAAUAAAAGGAUUUCGAUGUUAUUUAUUAAAUUAUUAAAAUUGAAAUAGAGAAUUAAAUUAUUAAAAUUAAUAAAAUUGAAAUAGAGAAUUAAAUUAUUAAAAUUAAAAGAAUAAAAGACUCACCACGUGUUUGAUCACAUUAUUUUAAUUUAUUAUUUUGAUUUAAAUAAUUAAAAAAAAAAAAAAAAAAAAAAAAAAUUAAAAAUUGAAAAAAUUAGAAAUUUUGAAAAAAUUCAAAUUUAAGAAUCCAUGGUGAAUGAAUAUUUCAUGGUGUUCCAUGGUAAUAUAGAUGUUAUGGCAGAUUUCGAAAAAGUGAAAGGAAAAAUGUUUGAGGUUAUGAUAAAAAGUUAAAAAAAAUCCCUGUGUUAUCAUGUAAAAUAUUAAUUUGAGUUUAGAAGAUUGAUGAUAAAAUAGAGUCCUAUAUUAACCUAUGUAGAAUUAAUGUGGUAAUUUUGAAAAUUUAGAAGAAUUCGAAAAAUUAUAUUGGAGAAUCCGUUAUUAUUGAAAAAUAUAUUUUGCUUAGAUUUUGUGUGUCUGUAUUAAAAUUUACAUGGUUUAAUUUAUUACUUUGGAUGUGUAUCAUUUCUAAAAAUUUUCUUUUAUAAUUAUUUUCUUCUGUUUCUAAUACUUUGGGGUGUUCAAAAUCAAAAUUAUGUUUUGUAUUGUAAGUGUGAGACGAUAGACCUGUGUUUGUUGAUUUGUGAGAAAUAUCUCUUUUAUGUUCAUUAAUUCUAUCUGAUAAAUGUCUACGGGUUUCUCCAAUAUAACUCUUAGAGCAAUUUUUACAUGGGAUUUUAUAAAUGCAAUUAAUGUGAUCAAAAACUGUAAGUAUGUCUUUGAAGAAUUAUAAAAUUAUAAAAGAAUUAUAAUAAUUAUAAAAGAAAAUUUUUAGAAAUGAUACACAUCCAAAGUAAUAAAUUAAACCAUGUAAAUUUUAAUACAGACACACAAAAUCUAAGCAAAAUAUAUUUUUCAAUAAUAACGGAUUCUCCAAUAUAAUUUUUCGAAUUCUUCUAAAUUUUCAAAAUUACCACAUUAAUUCUACAUAGGUUAAUAUAGGACUCUAUUUUAUCAUCAAUCUUCUAAACUCAAAUUAAUAUUUUACAUGAUAACACAGGGAUUUUUUUUAACUUUUUAUCAUAACCUCAAACAUUUUUCCUUUCACUUUUUCGAAAUCUGCCAUAACAUCUAUAUUACCAUGGAACACCAUGAAAUAUUCAUUCACCAUGGAUUCUUAAAUUUGAAUUUUUUCAAAAUUUCUAAUUUUUUCAAUUUUU